AUGAACGUACUAAAGCAUAAUAUGAGGAAGCAUCGGUUUCAUCUGUAUAUGGCAAUAUCUGAACUAAUAAAUAUUCCUCAAUUAGCAGGAAAAGUGUACGUUAAGAUCCAGAUACGGAACAAAGGUAGCCAUUCUAAUUCGCAUGACGAACAAACAAGCAAAUCAAUGGGCACACAUGUAUUGUAUCAAUCACAAACAGAGAAGGAACCAAUAGAAAAUAACAAAGUAACUUGGAACUAUCAGAACCAUGACAUAAUAUUGAAAAUAGGUGAGGACCAGAAGACAGGCCUUAUGGAGAACAAAUGGCUCUUGCUAAAAGUGUACGUUGAAUAUCAGGACCAGGAUAGUAGGGCUACAUCUUCUUCAAACAAACAUCCAAAGAAAUUGCAGAAGGUAAGGUUGGGAAAGAUUGCUGUCAACCUGACUGAGUAUAUCAAUUUUAGUGAGAUGACCACGAAUAGGUAUCUGUUGGCAGACAGUAAAAUUAACUCCAUAUGCAAAAUUUCAAUUCUAAUGAAACAUUUGGAUGAUAAGAAGACUAAUGGGCCAUCAAGUGGAUAUAGUAGUUAUAGAAAUACUGUGGGGUCUCCUGCUUCAAGGACUUCCAUAGACAGCAGUCCCGAGAGAGAGUUCAAUGUCCCUCAGCUGGAAACCUCACAUAUUUUUCAGGGAUUGAAUCAGGUGAUAGACGAAGAUACAAAUUCUUCUUUUGGCGAAAAUAACUCCACCUCAAAUCCCAAUUCUGCAUUGACUUCACCACUGACACCGACCAAGCAUCGUACCACUAAUUCCAAACGGGAUGCAAGGGAUCAGUUACAUUUUCGGACCGAUCAUACCAAUGUCAAAGGGUCGGAGAAUCAAGAUUCUCGAAACAAGAGCAGCAUACUUACAGAUCCUACAUUGAACUAUCUGGUAAGUAAGACGUUACAAUACUCAUGGUUCAAUAUCGGUGAUGAUUUCUACCCCGAGUUUACUCCAUCAGAGUGCGUUGAAGAUAUUUUCUACAACGGCACAGGAUGGAAAAGGAAUGAAGAUGGGGUAGCGUUUAUUGAUAUUCUUCAUGGUUCCUACGAAAAUUCGCCGAAUGGACCCACUCAUGAUUCAGAAGUUCGAAGCCAAUGGAUAACCAAGAUGCAACAAUUUGAUGAGGACGAGCCGGAUCCUGAUGACAGUGAUCUUUUCAAUGAUCUCGAUGAUUUUGAUCACGAUAAGCGACGCAGAACACCAAAACUGCUAGGAUUGGCUGACCUACGAGACGAUUUAAAAAGCUGGCAUAUAAGCUUAGAUCCAGAAGAUAAGAAACAAAUUUAA